UGUACUAUGUUGACAGUGGAGCGGUUUGUUAAAAGUCAGAGGGAGCUGCUUGGUUUGGAGCAGGAUGAGGAAACUGAGCAAUCUAGAGACCUGCUCCACGGCCAAUCUGCAAAAGACUUGGAAAAGGAGGGUGUAUGUGUGACGAAGCUAUUCCCAGCUUCAAUAGCAACAGGUCUGUACGGAAGAAGAGUCCUGAAACUGACUCGGGAAAAUCUCCCAAACCAUUCCUUCUCUUCUGGAGAUAUAGCUGGCUUGUCUCACAAAGACUUGACUAUUAUCUGCGAGGGUAUCGUCAGUAAAGUUGGAAAAGACAGCAUAAGUGUGGCGUUUGAAGAGUUCUCAGAUGAUGUGAUGCAAAUGAGUCGAGUUAGUCUUCUGAAACUCACAAACUCAGUUACUUACUCUAGAUACUUGUCUACUUUGAAAAUAAUUGAGAAGAAUGAAAGUGACUUGGUGGAUAGACUGCUAUCGGAGGAUAUCAGAGCUGCACCAACAAAUCCAAACGAAGCCUCGGUGACGUACUGCAAUGACGAUUUAAACAGCGGUCAGAAACAAGCUGUUAAACUUACUUUAGAGAGACCUGAUAUGGCGGUUAUACAUGGCCCGCCCGGGACCGGGAAAACUACAACUAUCGUUGAAGUUGUGCGACAACAUGUUGCACGUGGAGAGAAGGUACUGGUGUGCGCGCCCUCCAACAUUGCUGUAGAUAACCUCCUGAAGAAACUAUCCGCUUCUAAUACUGUUGUUAGGUUGGGUCACCCUGCUAGAGUCAAUGUGAACCUUCAACAAUUUACUCUUGAUGCAAAGCUGAAAAACCUCGACGAAGAUAACAUAUUGGGAGAUGUCAGAAAAGACAUCGACCAGGCUAUCAGAGGUUUUCGAGGGAACAAGUCAGGAAACAAAAGUGGAGACUACCAAAGCAGAAAAAAUGUUGGGGAACUCAGAAAAGAGCUGAGGGAAAGAGAACUUAAAGCGACAAAGCAAGUUUUAACAUCCUCACAAGUAGUGCUGUGUACGCUCACCUCGGCUGGCAAACGCGGACCUCUGGGCAAACUGCCAGAUAACCAUUUCUCUGUGUGUGUUAUUGACGAGGCUAGCCAGGCUUUGGAGGUAGCCUGUUGGAUGGGUAUCCUGAACGCAAAGAAGGUGAUAUUGGCUGGCGACCAUCUCCAGCUACCACCUACCAUCAAAUCUGACAAGGCAGCUAAAGAAGGACUUUCCCAGACGCUAAUGGAGCGGAUAUUGAACACAAUAAAAUGUCCAGAUGAAGUUUGCACUUCACUUACCGAACAGUACCGGAUGAACGAGCUGAUAAUGAGAUGGAGCAGCGAAGAGAUGUACGCGGGGAAAUUAACUGCACAUUCCUCAGUUUCAAGUCACGUUUUAAGUGGGUUGAAAGAAGUAGAAAGUACGGAGAUAACUACACAUCCUCUUUGUUUUGUGGAUACUGCUGGAUCAGGCCUGUUUGAAACCCUGGUGGGCGUUUCACGUGGAAACAAAGGAGAAGCUAAGUUGGUGGUGGAGUAUCUGACGAGUCUGAAGGAGGCAGGAGUAAAGGAGGCAGACAUGGCUGUUAUUACACCGUAUAACUUACAGAUAGAGUUUAUCCGGGCUGAGAUGAUGGGCCGGUUUAAAGAGGUCGAAGUUUGCUCAGUUGACGGAUUUCAAGGCAGAGAAAAGGAAGCCAUAGUUAUUACUAUGGUGAGAAGCAACGACACCGGAGAAAUAGGUUUUUUGAGUGAAUCCCGGCGAAUGAACGUGGCAGUGACCCGAGCUAGGAGACACGUGUGCCUCAUUGGAGACAGUCUAACUGUAAAAAGAGACGCAUUUCUCGGUCGCCUUGUCGCGUAUUUUACCCGUCACGGCCUUGUUAAGUCAGCGUUUGAGUACGGGUUGGAAGGUGUUGAUGAAGAGGAAAUAGUACACACGCAAGCUGAUUCUGAUCCUGAAGAACUAGUCUCAGAUAGCAAGAAUGCAGUUUCAACUCGGACAUUGAAACAAGAGACAACUUUUAAACAAACUAGCUCGAAAAAACUCGAGGAUUACAAGGAAACAGAUAGAACUGAGGGUAUGGCAUUUCCGGGACUUAACUCCUACCAGCGAAGGAUAAUCCACGUUUUGUGCGAAGAGCUAGGAUUAUUCUCAACGUCUACUGGAUCAGGUAAUGAACGAAUCUUAUGUGUAUAUAAGACUAGUCAAGACACUGAAAAAGAGGAAGAGUUAGUGCAAAGCGAAGGAAUUACCUCAGAGGUCUGUUCUCCAAGUAGUGACAAUACUGCAGUUAUCCCUCCCCCUGUAACUCAUAAUGAUGAUCCCAACAUACCAACACCACUGUCUAGUCUGGUGGUAUGUAAACAAUGUGGUGCGAGAGUUCCCAAAGCUAACAUUGAACUGCACCUGGUACGCUGUAAACCCAAGACCUUUACCACCCCAACCCCAAGUCAGAAUCAGAAACGUAAUAAAUCCGCAGCUAGUGGUAAAAAGAAAAAGAAGGACACUCCCAAACAACCUCAGCCCAGUACAGAUGAUGACUUCAGUGUACUGGACGAUGCAGUCUCAUCCCGGCUAGCAUGCCCUAUUACUGGCUGCCAGAACCCUUGUAUCUCCUACAUCUCACCCUGUAGAUUCUGCGCCUCCUGCCACUGUUCCGAGCAUCAGAUGCCGGAGGUGCAUGGAUGUGGGGCGGCUGCACGACGAGACGCGCAAUUGCCAGACGCACGUGUCAGUGUGCGCCAGCAGGCCAAAAAUAAAACUAGACUGAAACAGGCAUUGAAAGACAAACAAAAAGAAAGGACUAAGGCCAAGAAAUGAUUAAAAAGCUAUGCGUUUUUAUUUUUGGGUCAAAUCAUGCAGCAAAAUUAUUUUAGCAUGAGAGAACAUAAUUUUGUAAGAUAACAAGCUUCGGGUUAGUUAACCAUGAUGUAUUUGUAAAUUGUUGGUGAAGU